AUGGAAAUGUGCACCUCCGACGUGGAAAUCAGGUCCACCACCAACUUGUGCUUGUCCAGGAUGGUGAACACGUUGGCCAGAAACCCGUGCGAGAGCGUCUUUUUGUUGGAGUGGAUGUUGAGAACGGCGAUGUCCGACUUGGCAGUGACGGCGGUGGCUGUUUUGGAGGCUGUGAACACAGAAGAUGGCAGGUUCUGCACGGAAAUCGGCGGAUGGGGCGGCGUGGCCUCGCCGCGCUUGCCCAGAUUGUCCGGGUAG